AUGAUUCGUGAUUGGGCAAUUACAUACAAAAGCUUGCAGCUUUCAGGACUUUCUACACUUUCAUACAUCUUUGAUUUCACAUUCUAUUCAACAAUUUUGAUUGUUUCUACAGCUUUGGGGAGACUUCUUCCACCAAUGUAUCACGAGUUUCUGUUAUUUGACAUUAGCUUACGUUACACAUUCCUACCACAAGCAACUGUCCCCGUUUGGUUAUUAGUUCUUAUUUCAGCUGGUAUUCCCAUACUCCAAUUCCUUUUAUUUGCCAUCUUUUUCAAGUCAUUAUCAAUAAAGCGUCGCUUGUGGGAUUUUUUCGCUGGUUGUUUGUGUCUUCUUGGCGCACAAGCAACUCAAAUCUGGGCUGUAUCGUUAUUGAAAAACAUUACUGGGCUUCCCCGUCCCGAUAUGAUUGAAAGAUGUGAGCCAAUGGUGCAAACUAUCCCCAUAACACAAUUAUCAAAUGUUGCUAUAUGUACACAAUCAAAUUGGAAUGUGGUUAUGGAAGGUUUCAGAUCGUUUCCCAGUGGCCAUGCAUCAACGGUAUUUUGUGGAAUGGUAAUCACUUCAUUGAACAUGGCGGCAAAAUUGCAAACAUUUGACAAAAGAAAUAACUCAUUCAAGGUGUUUUUAACAAUUGCACCAUUGUUGGGUGCUGCAUUUGUGGCUGGAACCAGAGUCAGCGAUAAUCGACAUUUUCUAAGGGAUGUCAUUGCCGGGUCUAUUUUGGGGACUUUUGUCGGUGCAUCAUUUUAUCAUCAGUACCAUCCAAGUAUUUUCCAAUUGACAAGUAGAGGAAGAGCAUUCCCACCGAGAAGAUUUGGCAUCUCAAAAUUUUUCAGAAAUGUUGGUGGAUUCUGGCGAGUGGAAGAUAGUGGGUUACCGGAAGAAGAUGCAGAGAUUCGUACAAUUGAAAAUGUUGAUGUUGAAAGACGAAUGCAGGAAAUGGGUCAGGGUGAAAAUGUAAAAGUGAAGACAUUGGCCGAUAACAUCAAGUUUGUAAAUAUGUUAGAACCAGAAAUGUAG